GGAAGUUUUGCAGGGGGUUACAUUUGCAGCCAGCGCCGUGUUUGCAAAUAUUGAGCCCGCUCCUGAGCAAGUGUCCACCGCCGGCCGCGGGAGGAGAGAGCGGCCGCCUCGGGAGACGUCCUGCCUUGCUGUGCAAUUAAACUUUGCAUGAAACUUCGGGUCUUUUUUCCUCCCUAAGCUCGCCAAGGAAUUAAUUUCUAUCUAUUUGUAUAUAUAUAUAUAUAUAUAUACAAUUUUUUUUUCUUCUCUGGAGGAAGGGGGGGGGCUUGGAGACUGAGAGCAGAGGGCUGACACCCCCCGCACACACCCCUCGAGCCCCGCACACAAGAGGCAGCUGUCCGUGUCCGCGGCCGCCAGCACGGACUUUGUUGUUGCAACUUGAGACAUGGAUGUGCUCCCCAUGUGCAGCAUCUUCCAGGAACUGCAGAUUGUGCACGACACGGGCUACUUCUCGGCCUUGCCGUCCCUGGAGGAAUAUUGGCAACAGACGUGUUUGGAGCUGGAACGGUAUCUUCAAAGCGAACCUUGCUAUGUGUCUGCAUCUGAAAUCAAAUUUGAUAACCAAGAGGAUCUCUGGACCAAAAUUAUUCUGGCACGUGAGAAAAAGGAGGAAUCUGAACUGAAGACUGCAUGUGUCUCAAAGGAGGACAGCCCUACCAGUCAGAACUUAGAGACCAAUAGUUUGAACUCAGAUGUGAGCAGCGAAUCUUCAGACAGCUCUGAGGAGCUCUCGCCCACCACCAAGUUUACCUCUGACCCUAUAAGUGACGUUUUAACCAAUUCAGGAAACUUGUGUUCUUCUGUUACUUCCACUCCCCCAUCGUCUCCUGAGCUGAGCAAGGAGCCUUCUUCCCAGCUAUGGAAUUGUACGCCGGGUGAGUUGCAUUCACCGGGGAAAAUUCGUACCGGUACCGCUGGAAAGACUGCAGAAAAAGGUACACCCACCAAUGGGGACACCUCGCCAGAUGGCAGAAGGCGUGUUCACAGGUGUCAUUUUAACGGUUGCAGGAAAGUUUACACCAAAAGUUCACAUCUGAAAGCACAUCAGCGCACUCAUACAGGGGAAAAGCCUUACAGAUGUUCAUGGGAAGGGUGUGAGUGGCGUUUCGCAAGAAGUGAUGAAUUAACCAGACACUUCAGAAAGCACACUGGUGCCAAGCCUUUUAAAUGUAGUCACUGUGACAGGUGUUUUUCCAGGUCUGACCACCUGGCCCUUCACAUGAAGAGACACCUCUGAACAGGUCAAGAGGUGAAUCCUGUGGGCUAAGAGGCGUCAAGGUUGAAGAGCCUUGAGCAGAGGGAUGCGUGUUCCAGCCAAAGCAUGCCAUUUUGCACCCUACCCAGUUGCCUCCAGGACCUCACUUCCUUGAAGGUCUUUUGAGGGCUAAUAAGUCAUGUAAGAAACGGCAUAGCAAGCAUGGUGCGUGAUGUUUGGGGUUUCCUGGACUCAUACACUGGUAUCUAACUUUCUGAGUGGCUCCUAAGCCUUUGCCGUGAGCAUGUGCACUGAGAAUGUUAAUGAUUGGGCGACUGUAUGCUAUGAGGAUCUAUUGACGAUUGUAUGCUGAGGCACAUUUUUUUUCUUGUGGUUGUUUUAUAACUGUAAGAGAAAAAAAAAAAGUCUGAAUGUCUUGUAUGUGAGGAAUAUCUUGUGAGAUGGGACGACCACCAAUCAUUUCCAAGGGAUGGGGGGAGGGCUGUCUGCACCUUUUUAGAGGGAAAACAGAGAGGGGAAAGGGGAAUUAAAAAGAGUCAGGAUGCCAGAAUGGAGAUGGGGACCUCCCCAUUCCUGUGUGAGAGGAGCUUUAGGUGUCUGGUGCAGCUAUUAAACGUGCAAUGUGUCAAGUAGCUUGUUUUACUUGCUACAGAGCUCAUUUGUAAUCCAUUGUAUAAGCUGUGUAUUUACAAAUGUAACACAACUAUAACUUUUCAUUAUAAUACAAAAGUUAUUGCAUGGUUCUGGGGAACUAUAUGCUUUUCCAUUCUUUAAUCAGGACUGCAGUUUUGAUUCCAGUUAAGAGCAGCUAAAAUACAAUUGGUCUAAUGUUACAUAAUGUAUGGAACAUGAAUAAUUUUUUCUGUUGGGUGGAUAAAACCACUAUUGGUUAGAAACUGAUUUUUCUCAUGCAGCUAAUUUUUCUCUUAUUUAUGCCUUGAGGACUAACUUCUGGUUUUCUAGCUGUUAAUGCACUGUUGACCUUAAUAAUGGUGCCUUAUGCAAGUGACCUUCUCUUGUAGGGGGUCUUAUACAGGGGUAUGGGUGAUGCAUGCUUUAUUAAGGCUCUCUUUUCACCUGGCAUUGUACUGUAUCAAAUGUAUAAUAUGAGGGAAAAAAAAAAAGGUUACUUCCAGGGUCCUCCUUCACAAAGACAAAUAUAGAGAAAAGUCAUUCAUGUCAGUACAGUAUUUGUUUAACUUAGACAGUUUGACUGUGUUACAGUAUAAUGCAUAUGCCAAUUGAAUACCUGACCAGUUCUGCCACCUUGAGACUUUUUAUAUUGACCUUGCACAACUGUGUAUAUACACACCCCAACUGUACUUAAUAUGUUGAGUUUUCAUACAUAUUAAAGAUACAGAAGUAUUAAAAGAUGUAUUUGCUUAAAAGGCACAAGUUUCACAUCUAUAUAUCUAGCUAUCUGUUGGUCAUACAGAAAGAAACUAUAUUACUUUUUUUUUUAAAAGUGGGCAGAAGAAUAAUUGUGUAUGUAUAUUUGUGUGUACAGUCUGUGUAUGUGUGUAUAUAUAUAGAUAAUAUAUAAAUAUUUUUUUUAAAAGGAAAAAAAUUUAGAACACAUAGCUAGAAAAUGCCACAGCCCAUCAAAAUAUUCCUCCCCCCCCCCCCCCCCCCCCCAAUUAUGGUCAUUAAGGAGACAAAGAAAUGAGAGAUACAGUUAUUAAAAUCUAGUGUUUUUAGAGGCUUUACCUUUAGCUUAAUGGUGUGCUAAAGGCUUUGUUGGCAUUCAGUCCUUCUCAGACUGCUGACUGUGUUUUGUAGUUAUUAGGUUGUCUGGAAUAGCGUAUCUGUGGCCAUUUAAGAAUGAUAUGAACCGAAUAUUGGCAUGCUAAAAGAAUAUUAGCUGUGUGCAGAUGAAGUACACUCAUAUUUUGGCUUUCCAGCUUAUGGAAGGACUUGUGAGUGAGCUAGUCGUUGUGGUGGUUGAGCUCUAAUUUUGCAUAGUUCAGCUAAAAUGAAGACUGUUUUUUCCUAGAAUAGAAAUAGUCUGUCCAAAAGCAGUUGUUUUUUUUGUUUGUUUUUUUUUUUUUUUUUUAACCAG